AUGGCUAACGAUCAUACCAGUUCAAGCACUAAUAUUGGUUAUCCUUAUUCUGUUGAUUUAAUACCACCUAUUGUAAAAUUUUGGCUUUAUCUAAUUUUUCUUAUUCCAUCAAUUAUUUGUGCCUUAUUUGUUCUGUAUCAUCUUCUUUGUGAUCAAAUUCUUCGUCGAUCUCUUAAUAAUCAUGUUAUUAUUGUUUUACUUAUAACUGUUGUUAUUUGUCAAGUAACAAUGUAUCCAUGGAUGCUUUAUUUUUACUAUCAUAUUAAUACUUGGUCAAGAUCAUUUGUCUAUUGUCUCAUUUGGGGAUUUAUUGAUUGGGCAAUUUAUUUAUUACAAUUGUUACUUUUUUCUUGGGCUUCAAUUGAAAGACAUAUACUUAUUUUUCAUGAUAAAUGGGUGUCAACGAAAAAGAAACGUUUCUUUGUACAUUAUCUUCCUUUAAUUAUUCUUAUUAUUUAUUGGUUUAUCUUCUAUACUUUUGUUUAUUUCUAUCCUCCAUGUGAAAAUAUUUUUGAUAGUUCUCAAAUGAUCUGUGUGACAAUUUGUUUAUUUAACUCAUUUUCAUUUCGUACAGUGGAAAUGCUUUUUCAUUAUAUAAUACCAUGCUUCACUAUUAUUUUUCUUAGUAUUACCUUAAUUUUGCGAGUAAUUUGGCAAAAACAUCGCAUACAUCAACCGAUUCUGUGGCGGAGACAUCGAAAAAUGACAAUUCAACUACUAUCCAUUUCAGCUCUCUAUCUUAUUGUUACUGCUCCAUGGGCAACAAUAAUCUUUUUGAGAAUAUGUGGCUUACCGUCUAGCAUCGGUGAAGGUUUUGAAAAUUUGACGUUCUUCAUUAGCUAUUAUAUCGUACUUUUCUUUCCCUUUGUUUCUGUUCUAUCCUUGCCUGAACUUCGUACUAAAUUUAAAAGAGCUCUACAUUUACCAAGAGCAAGAAGAAUUGUUGGACCAGAAACGUUCAUUCGAACAGGUGUGAAAAAUCAACAAGUACCUAUGCAAUAG